AUGGCGCAAUCCUUGGACAUCGACGCGCCGCGCUGGGACCAGUCCACGUUUAUGGGACGCCUCCGACACUUCUUCAACAUCACAGACUGUCGCACCGCCCUCCUGCCAGACGCUGAGCUCGACCAGGCCAAGGCACUGGUGCUCAGCUGCAGAGCUGGUUCGGUCCCACCUGGUACCACAGAGGACCAGCUGCACUACGCCAAGAAGCUGUAUGACUCUGCGUUCCACCCAGACACCGGCGACAGGAUGAACCUGAUCGGCCGCAUGUCCUUCCAGGUCCCAGGAGGAAUGGCCAUCACCGGCUUCAUGCUCCAGUUCUACAGGACUGUUCCUGCGGUCGUGUUCUGGCAGUGGGUGAACCAGUCGUUUAAUGCUCUGGUCAACUACACCAACAGGAACGCAGCCUCUCCCAUCACUCCCAAACAGAUUGGAGUGGCCUAUGUCACUGCCACCAGCACAGCUCUGGCCACCGCUGUGGGACUCAACCUCUACACUAAGAAAGCCCCGCCCCUCGUUGCCCGCUGGGUUCCUUUCGCUGCCGUCGCCUCAGCCAACUGUGUCAACAUCCCCAUGAUGAGGCAGCAAGAGAUCCUGAACGGUAUCACGGUCACAGACGAGAACGGGAACAAACUGGGAGCGUCGAAGAAAGCUGCAGCUAAAGGCAUCACGCAGGUGGUGGUGUCUCGGAUCACGAUGGCGGCUCCUGGGAUGAUCAUCAUGCCCAUCAUCAUGCAGAGGAUGGAGAGGUUCCGGUUCAUGCAGAGGAUCACGUUCCUUCAUGGUCCGAUCCAGGUCUUGAUGGUCGGCGUGUUUUUGGUCUUCAUGGUUCCUGCUGCCUGCUCCCUCUUCCCUCAACAAUGUUCUAUGGCUGUCUCCAAACUGGAGCCAGAGCUCAGAGAUUCCAUCGUGUCGCAACACGGAGACAAAAUCAAAUAUGUUUAUUUCAACAAAGGACUCUAG